AUGGAUAACCCUGAUCAAAUCACAGCUUUUCCGUCAACACUAUCGGACGCUAGAGGCGCCGGCGGCAAACUUAGAAAACCCCCGCCGAGAAAGCCACCAGCGAGUCCUUACACCCGUCCCUCAUUAACCGCAAACCGCCGAUGGAUUUCAAAGCUAGUCGAUCCUGCUUAUCGCAUCAUCGCCGGUGGAGCCACUCGGUUUCUUCCUUCUUAUUCUCUUCCAACGAAGAUCAAGGUGAACCGGGAGCUGAUGAACAGCACAGUAAAGAUAAUCUGCUCAUAA